CUCCCCGCGCUCCCCGCUGCCCUGCCCUGCCCGGCUGGCUCGGCGUCCGUGUCCCCGCGGGGCGCGCGCCGGGGGCUGCCCCCCGAAUGACGGGCGGAAGGUUCGACUUCGACGAUGGCGGCACCUACUGCGGCGGCUGGGAGGAGGGCAAGGCGCACGGGCACGGCAUCUGCACGGGGCCCAAGGGCCAGGGCGAGUACUCGGGCUCCUGGUCGCACGGCUUCGAGGUGGUCGGCGGCUACACCUGGCCCAGCGGCAACACGUACCAGGGCUACUGGGCGCAGGGCAAGCGGCACGGGCUGGGGGUGGAGACGAAGGGCAAGUGGAUGUACCGGGGGGAGUGGUCGCACGGUUUCAAGGGGCGCUACGGGGUGCGCCAGAGCCUGUGCACCCCCGCGCGCUACGAGGGCACCUGGAGUAACGGGCUGCAGGACGGGUACGGCGUGGAGACCUACGGGGACGGAGGUACCUACCAGGGCCAGUGGGCCGGCGGCAUGCGGCACGGCUACGGCGUGCGCCAGAGCGUGCCCUAUGGCAUGGCCACGGUGAUCCGCUCGCCGCUGCGCACAUCGCUGGCCUCGCUGCGCAGCGAGCAGAGCAACGGCAGCGUGCUGCACGACGCGGCGGCCGCAAGCGCGGACAGCCCGGCCGGCACCCGCGGCGGCUUCGUGCUCAACUUCCAGGCGGACGCCGAGCUGCCCGGCAAGAAGAAAGGCGGCCUGUUCCGCCGGGGCUCGCUGCUGGGCAGCAUGAAGCUGCGCAAGUCCGAGUCCAAGUCGUCCAUCUCCAGCAAGCGCAGCUCGGUGCGCAGCGACGCGGCCCUGAGCCGCAUCAGCUCCAGCGACGCCAACUCCACCAUCAGCUUCGGCGACGUCGACUGCGACUUCGGCCCCGUGGAGGACCACGUGGACGCCACCACCACGGAGACCUACCUGGGCGAGUGGAAGAACGACAAGCGCACGGGCUUCGGCGUGAGCGAGCGCUCCAACGGCAUGAAGUACGAGGGCGAGUGGGCCAACAACAAGCGGCACGGCUACGGCUGCACCGUGUUCCCCGACGGCUCCAAGGAAGAGGGGAAGUACAAAAAUAAUAUUCUGGUCCGCGGCAUUCGGAAGCAGCUGAUACCCAUCAGGAACACAAAGACUCGGGAGAAAGUGGACAGAGCCAUCGAGGGCGCGCAGCGGGCCGCUGCCAUGGCCAGAACCAAAGUGGAAAUAGCAAAUUCAAGGACCGCACACGCAAGAGCAAAAGCCGAUGCUGCGGACCAGGCUGCACUGGCGGCCCGCCAGGAGUGUGAUAUUGCAAGAGCCGUUGCCAGGGAGCUGUCACCUGACUUCUACCAACCAGGCCCGGAUUAUAUCAAACAGAGAUUUCAGGAAGGUAUCGAUGCUAAAGAAAACCCAGAAGAGAAGGUCCCGGAAAAGCCUCCUACUCCUAAGGAAUCUCCUCAUUUUUAUCGCAAAGGCACAACACCCCCACGGUCUCCCGAGGCAAGCCCCAAGCAGAGCCACUCUCCCCCGCCUUCCCCCCCACAGUUCCCCAAGAAGCAGAACCACAGCUCUGGGGCCAGACUCAGCCAAGACAGAAGGAGUGUGGCUGAGGAGCAGGUGACAGCCAUUGUCAAUAAGCCCCUGCUGUCAAAGGCGCCCUCCAAGGAGUCGGGCGCCUCCAUGCCCCCGUCCAAGUACUCUGGCCGCCACCACGUCCCCAACCCCAGUAACGGGGAGCUGCAUUCUCAGUACCAUGGCUACUACGUGAAACUGAAUGCCCCCCAGAACCCUCCGGAAGACGGGGAGGAGAACAGCAGGGCAAGCCAGUCGUCCUCAGCACUGGUGCACAAGCCAUCACCCAGCAAAUGGAGCUCCACUCAAUCUGGGACAAAAUCAGUUGCCAAAGAAAGCAAAGCUGAGCCAAAAGCUAAGAAGUCUGAACUCGCGAAACCAAAGAACCCAGCAAGCAGUGAUUCAGGCCCCUUGGAAAAAGAAGCCAAUUCAGGCCCUAAUUCUAUCAUGAUCAUCCUAGUCAUGCUGUUGAAUAUUGGGUUGGCCAUUCUUUUUGUUCACUUUCUAACUUGAGUGGAAUUGGGAAAGUGAAGUCAUGACAACUAGUGGUGUUAGCCCACAGUUCUCUGCAGUGGUGUCCUCAGCCCUUUAAAUGGCACACACCAGUCAGACUCAGAGGGAAGGAGGCUUGGAAUUAGGAUGGGAUCGCAAGAGAGAUGAAACUCGGAAAAUUCAGCCCGAGGAUCUGCUCGGUUCCCCCUGGGAGUGCUUUGUGGCUUUGGGGUCCGCAGAGGGCUGCAGCACAACAGCCGUGGUGGAGAGCAAAGCUUAAUAAUCGUUCUCUCUUAAAAUCUGCUGAAGCAGCCCCAUCCGGCGAAGUUCUUGGCUUUGGCUACUCCAUCUGUCCUAGCAGAGUGUGACUAAACUGGAAAUGUAUGGAGCUGCAUUUUCUUUUGAUGGAAGUCAACAGCUGCCUUACCGUUUUACCAUCUGACGUUUUUAGUAGGGAGCUGGGGAAACAAACGGCCGCCCGAGGAAUGCGGGCGGAGGAUUGUGUUGCUGUGGCCACAGUUCCAACAUUCACUCCUAUCUCAUUAGAAUAGGUAGCAGCCUCGCUCACCAGUUUCAUGCCAUGACCUGCUGCUUUAACGUCUCCUGGAAUGUUCUGGGAGAGAACGUCUCGUUGGCCUGUGCACGACUUUGUUCAUUUUUGCUGUUGAUCUAAAUAUGAUGGAUAGUCCUCUACAGCGUGCUGUCCUGGCCGGAUGAAACACACGUGUUGCACACCUCAAGGAAAAGAAACAACAAAAAUUUUCGAGAAAAUAUGUUUAUUGCAAUAGCCGUCUGUCAUUUUUCGUGUCAUUUUUGUCUUCCUAAACUUGUAAGAGGCGAUUUAUUCUUAAAAUGUAGUCAUCCGAAGACAUGACCCUUGAUAGGGAUCUUUUUCUUUUUUUUUUUUUUUACAUUUGAACAUGAUUGAGAUUGUGUAAGGCACUUAGGAGGUGCUAAAUUUUAAAAAGCUGCAAGACAACAGAAUUCUAAGAAGUAUAGCCAAAAUGUUGCAUGGAUUGCAGUAAUCGGUGUUUAAAGGAUUCAGUUUCAUUGCUGACGUACUUUACAACGAAAUAAAAUCUUGUCAGUGGCUAUGUUAAUUCCCAUGAAAGUUAAGCAAGAUGCUAUUAAUAACUGAUCUUUUUUUUUUUUUCCCUUCCCCAACUCAAAUUUUCAUUGAAUACAUUCAGGUAGAGCAUAAAGCUUUGUUAAUUCAUUGCUUCUCAGUUUUAUGCCUUUCAUGUUUUUCAAAGUCCUUUUGUAAUUUUAUUUCACAUUUUAAAGACUUAGGCACUUUCAUUUAAAUGUCUUCUGAAGUCCUUUGUUAUUUUGACAUAAUCUGAUUUUUUUUGCUAUUUUCUAAUGUAUCCUUUAUUACUCAGAUGCAUGCUUAGAGAAACUACAUGGUCUUUACUUUUAAAAAAAUAAUUUAAAAAGAAAUCAGGGGAGGAAAGGUUUCUGUUAAGUCUCUCUGAGAUAUUACUCUGCAGAGAGGGAGCUAGACCUAUGGAUGUUCACAGUGUGCAUGGUCUCAUCAGAUUCUCUUUGCCAUAUCUGCUACUUUCCGCUGGAGAGGAGACAGCUCACAUGUUAGCACGGGUGGAGACUGAAUGCCUGAUCCCCUAGAGGGUAAUAACCCAGUGGUGUUUUUUGCAGAAGUACAAUAUGUUGGGAAUCCUGGGUGUGACCAAUAUGGAAUAAAGAAGAAAGCAGAAAGAGAGCAAAUGAAAAUUGCAACUUGUAUAUUUGUUUUUUACAUUUUGCUUUGACUUUGAAAAUCUAGGAAGGACAUUUUGCCCCAAGAAAUGUUUAAGUUCCUGUGUCAGUUCUCAGCACUGUCACAGUUCCUUCCUAACCCUAGAGCUCUUUAUGCUGGAAAGCUGAUUUUUUUUAAAUAAAAAUAUUUAAUCUUCUUAAGUGUUUAUUUAAAAUAUGUAAUGCUUUGGAAAUAAUGGGUAACAGAUAAUAAAGGUUAUGUUUAUAAAGUGAGCAUGUUGGUUCCAUUUAUAAAUAUAUGUAUGAUUUAUAAGCUUUUUUAAAACAAAGCUCAAAUUGUUGGUAUUUUUCUAAAAUGUGCACAGCUGUAUUUUACAUGAAAGGCUCUUUCUAAUGGGUUGUUAUACUGUACUCUACAUUUUGGACAGCACAUGAAGUCUGCCAAUGUACUUAAUAAAACAUGACUUUGUUUAUUUAAAGUUUCUUGCUGUGAAAAAGAACUCCCUACCUGAGUUCCUUUUAUUUAUAAUCCUUGAAACCAAAAUGUAUAAUGUACAGUUUUCACAACUGUAUCUGCGCUAAUAAAAAAAUUGGUUAUUAAUAAA